AUGUAAUCAAAUUUAAAUGAUAGUUCAAGUGUGGAAUCAAUUAAACAAUGUAAAUCUUCUGAGGAAUAUCCUAAAGAAGUGGAAAAUUGUUUUAUAAAUUUCAUACAUGCCUCUAAUGAUUAGGAAAGAGGGUUUUCACUUUAUGAAUAAGCAUAUUAAUAAAAAGAUAGCAGUCAAGAACCAAAAAAUGACGAUGAAUAUCGUGAACACAAACCAUAACCAAAAUAAAUUGAAACAGUUUCGAAACAAUUCAAAAAAUAAGAGGAUAGAUGUUCUUCCAAAUCUUCUUACAAAAAGGACUGUUAAUAAUGUACAGAAAUAUUUUAAAUAUGUAGAAAGUUGUAACAAAGAAGUAGGUUAGAAAAAAUUUAGUUCCUUUGGUCGAGAGAUAAAAGCACGUUCAUGCAAUUGUUAGUAAAGUAACUGUUUGAAAGGUGACGGUAAAUAUUUUACAAAAAAAUGA